AUGUCUGGAAAAGACUUAGAAAACAUGAGUGUCGACGAUGUCGCUAAAAUGAUAAAAGAUGCAGGCUUUGGAGAUGCUAAUGCUCAAUUUUUCAAGGAUGCUGAAAUCUCUGGACCAACAUUAGCAUUUAUAACGGAAGAACAUCUUAAAGAAAUCGGUAUUAAAGCCAUCGGACCACGUCUCUUAAUACUUAGACACAUUAAGAAGAUGACAGGGCGUCUUAAUCCACGUCCUUCUCCCCAAGAAGCACCUCCAUCAAGAUUACCUCCCCCACAGCCAGUUCAAUUCCAGUCACCACAUCAGGAGAAGCCUAGAGCAAACAUGAACCAGACAAUGACUCAAUCAAUGCCCGUCAAAAAGACAUCAGAAGCAAGUCGCCCACAGACAGCAAAUCCACCAGGAGAAAAGCCUAAAUUCGUACAAGACCAUGAAAAGAUGGUUGCUUCUAUCAGAGCAGCUCGUAAAUACAUGAAAUACCAGAAAGACCUUGAAGAAGGUAAAGCUGUUGGCCCACCACCAGAGCUUCCACCUAUCGAAGAGCCUCCAGAUCUUGUUCAAUGCCCAACAUGCGGAAGAAAGAUGAGCGAAGAGGCAGCUCGUCAUCACUUCCCAGUUUGUGCUCGUAUGAACCAGGGAAGAAUGAAUACAAGCAAAUACAGCAGAAAAUAA